AUGUCUCCCUACCCUGAUCUUUUUGCCAACCCGGAAGGGCCUGGUGAUGGUCGCCCUACCGCCAUGCAAAUAAUCAGUGACGAGGGCGUCGAGGGCAAGCUCAAGGGCCAGGUUUUCGUCAUCACUGGUACCUCUUCAGGCCUCGGCAUAGAAACGGCACGCACUAUCGCCGCCACUGGCGCUACUCUAUAUUUAACGGCCCGGGAUCUUAAUAAGGCGAAAUCUGCCCUUGAGGGCAUCUUUGACCCUUCUCGCAUGGAGCUCUUCCAAAUGGAUCAAGAUUCCUUUGCCUCUGUUCGUAAAGCAGCAGCAGCUAUCCUGCAGAAGACCUCCAAGAUUCAUUGUCUUAUCAACAAUGCUGGAAUUAUGGCUAUCCCGGAGCUUCACUUUACUGCUGAUGGCCAUGAGCUUCAGUUUGGCACAAACCAUCUCUCUCACUUCCUCUUCUUUAUGAUGCUCAAACCGGCUCUACUUAAUGCUGCCUCUCCUGAACUGCCUUCUCGAGUUGUUUGCCUAUCCUCCUCUGGCCACAACCUCCAUGGCCUCAAUGAUAGCGAUAACUACUCCUUCCAGCAAGGCGGAUAUGAUCCUAGAGUUGCAUAUGCCCAGUCCAAGACAGCCAAUAUCUAUAUGGCGAAUGAAAUUGAGCGGCGGUAUGGUACACAGCACCUACACGCAUACAGUGUUCAUCCAGGUCUCAUCUCCACUGGUCUGAGCAGGCAUAUGCCCCCUAACUCGUUUUCCUCCAUGGCUUUUGUUAAACCCAUGAUGAAAAGUCCUCCCCAAGGUGCCGCAACUACCGUUUGGGCGGCGGUGGGUCAGGAGGUGCUGAAGAACUACGGUGGCAAGUAUCUCGUCGACUGCGAUGUGGCUAAACCGGGAACUGGUGACGAGCAUAAGUUUGUCGCAAAUACUUAUGCCGACUGGGCGUAUGAUACUGAGAAAGCGGAAAGACUCUGGAAGGACUCGCUUAAGAUUGUUGGGUUGGAGGAGGAAGAGCAGUAG